AUGAGUUAUGCAACAAAAGGAAGUUUGAGAAAAUGUUUGCCUGAUAUAAUUAAAUUUAAGUGGCAAGACAAGUUACAAUUAUUGAAAAAAAUUAUAUUAGGUCUUAAAGUUAUUCAUGAAUCAAAUUUAACUCAUGGUGACUUUCAUGAUGGUAAUAUUUUAAUGUCAGAUAAUUCCAAUGAAUUAUAUAUUAUUGAUUUAGGAUUAUGUAAACCUAUAAGUGAUUUACAAGAUUCUGAUAAUGAUGAUAAUGAAAUUUAUGGAGUUUUACCUUAUAUGGCACCUGAAAUAUUAAGAAAAAAAUCCUAUACUCUAGCAAGUGAUAUUUAUAGUUUUUCAAUAAUAAUAUUUAAUGAAAAAAUGUUGGGAUUCAAAUCCUGCCAAUAG